AUGGACCGCGUCAAGGAAAAGAUUCGAGAGACGAAAUCGAUAGAAAGGCGGCGAAACCUUGAAGAGAGCAUAAGACGGGCGGCCCAUCCACGGCAACCUCCUCCCGUCACCACCCAGAUUGAUUUCAGUCAACCUCCGGCCUACGACAAUCCGUUCCCAAACCCUUUCGUUCCUUACCCUUCGACUCUGUCGCCAUCCACCUUGGCUCCUGGAGCGCCGCAGUUCACGACGCCCAUCCCGCCUGCCCCUACUUGGCCGGAGUCCUCUCAUGGUCCAGCAAUUAGCGCCCUGCAGCCGCCGAGACUGUACGUCCCCGCUCCGGCUCUUUCGGUCGACGACGGACUUCAAGGCAGCUUUGGCCAACCCCGCUUCAACAAAGAAGGGAACGUUGGGCAGUUGGUACUCAACAACAAGCCAUUGUCUUGCUACUUGGAGGACAAGAUGGAUGUGGAUCCGCAGGACCAGCCGCUCCUGUAUCACUUUGUCGAUUUUGUCCUGCCCACAAUUUUUCCGAUCAUUGACGUCCAUCGAGAGGGUCCUAGUCGCGCACCCGAGCUUCUAAACAAGCUGGAAACAAAUCGGGCCUACUUCUUCACCUGUCUUAGUGUUUCGGCUCUUCAUGUCAAGACCACCCUGAAUGUUGACCCCGCCGCAGUUGAUAGAGACAUACUGCAGCACCGUUACCGAGCGGUUGCCGAGCUUUCCACGCUCAUGCACAUGGAUAAUGGCCAUGCCAAAGUCCUGGAUACCAUUUUGGGGAUGAUAAUUCUCUACUGCUCUGUCGGUGAGACGGACGACUACCUGCCAGACAUUCCCUGGUUCGAGCAUCUCAGGUCAAUUUCGAGCCUAGUCCAGAAGCUGAAAUUGACGGAAUACCUCCCCCGCUCGUUCCCUCCUCUCAGCAUCACGCUUGCCUCGUGGAUUGACAUUCUGGGCGGCACGAUGCUGGGCCAAUCGCCCCAGUUAGCUCAUGAAUUCCGCGACAGACACAUCAACGGCACGGCGAUCGGCCUGCAGGAGUUGAUGGGAUGCGAGGAUCGCGUCAUGUUCUUGAUUUCGGAAAUCGCCUGCUUGGAAGGCUUGAAAAAGCGGGACAGCCUCAGACGCUGGGACAUGCGCCAUCACAUUGGCGCACUGAGAGCGCAAAUUGACCAUGCCGAGCCAGAGGACAAAACGCUGCGGAACCCAUGCUCCGCUACUGGGGUCAUUGAUUGGGACAUCUUAACAAAGAAUAUUACCACCAUGUUCCGCGUGGCAGCUCGAAUCUAUCUCUACAGCCUGGAGCCUGGGUUCGAUCACACUCAGCCAGAAAUCACCAGUCUGGUGACAAUCGUGGCUGAGACUCUACGAUUUAUCCCGACGGGCCCUUUUGGCUUCGAUCGCUCACUUGCCUGGCCACUCUUUAUGACGGGUGUGCACUCAACCCCCAACUGCGCUUUCCGGGAUAUUCUAGCCCAGCGAUCAAUAGCUCUAGGCCCCGCCCGUGCAUCUGGAAGCUUUGGUCGGAUGUAUCGGAUUGUUCAAGAGGUUUGGAGGCUAUCAGAGGCGCCGAUUACAUUGCCGGGCUUCCACGAUCCCGGCGUACAUCUGCCUGCUCCGGGAUUCAUCCCGAUCCAGCCAGAGGCAACCAGCGCGAGCGCAGCGACCUUUCCAAGCUCGGGCACAUAUCUGCCUCCUCCUAACUUCAAUCAAAUGCAGCCAGAGGUUAUCAGCGCAAAUCAGUCGGCAUACCCUCUACCGAGCAUGUAUUUGCCCUCUCCAGACUUCAACCAGCCUCAGCUACCAAGCAUCAGUCCAAUGCCGCAAACUUUCCCCGAGUCAGGCAUGUACUUGCCUUCCCCCGGCUUAAACCAGGGCACGGCCCUGCCUCCCGACCACAUGCCAUAUAUGGGCACAAUGGAAGAGCCCAACAAAAAGGAACUCGUCCAUUGGAGGGAUGUUAUGAACGCCAACGAAUGGCAUUACCUGCUGAUCUAG